AUGAGACAGAGAUCCAAAUGUUUGAUUGUGCUUUUGAGUUGGAACAACAAUUGGAGCAGGAGUGCUCUUGAUGUAUCCUUCUUCAUCGCUGGUGUCGCAGCUGCUCUCUCCGCUUGUUGCUAUGCUGAGCUUGCUUCUCGAUGUCCAUCUUCUGGGAGUGCUUAUCAUUAUGAUUACAUUUGUCUUGGAGAAGGGAUUGCUUGCUUGGUUGGUUGGGAACUGGUGUUGGAUUAUACGAUUUGUGGAUCAGCCAUUGCACGUGGCAUAUCUCCAAAUCUGGUAAUUCCCUUUGAGUUAUAUGUAUACUUGAAUUUGAUUCUGACGAGUCAAACCAUACCCCGACUUGGUAUUGUGGUUGAUCCAUGUGCAGCACUGUUGAUUAUUAUUGUUACAAUACUACUAUGCUUUGGGAUAAAAGAGAGCUCAUUAGUACAAGAAAUUGUAGCAUCAGCGAAUCUUUCAAGACUGGCUGGGUUGGAUAUGAUCUUCGUGAUGGUUAUUGUUGGAUUGAUCCCUUACUAUACUUUGGAUCCUGAUACUCCUAUCUCUGUAUUUGGAGACAGUGGGAUGCAAUGGGCAGCGUACAUCUUAACUACUGGGGCAACAACUGCUCUGUGUGCAAGUUUGUUGGGUUCACUUCUGGCUCAGCCACGAAUCUUCAUGGCAAUGGCUAGGGAUGGACUGUUGCCAGGUUUCUUUCCAGAUGAAAUCAGCCUACUGUUUCUUUGCAGAUGA